CACAGGUUAUUUAUGUUUUUGAGGAAGAAGUCGGUGACGCGUAAUUGAAGCACCAAUUGAUCAAAAUCCCCAGCCCCGCCUCUUGUAUCUUUAUUUUAAUGUAAUACAGGUAAAGCUGUAACUGGACACCUCACGGCAGGUAACGAGAGUAUAAAAACAAUGACAAGAAAAACAAGUCUUGUGAAUUACUUCAUUUGAUUUUUUCUCGGAAGGGACAUUCUCAAGAGUGAAGAGUUGUUUAUUUUUUCUUAAAAACCACAGCCUAGUUUGGAUCACGGUUCUGCGUUCCCUUCUUCCGUGUAAACUUCUCCAGUGACAGAGCAGAGAUACGUGGAUUUGUUUUUACCUUUUCCAGGUAACAAACACAUAUAGCUUAACAGGUAACCAGCUUGGUGUGAGCUCACAUUGCGCCUGCACUAAAGAUGCAGUCCAGCUUCCUGUCUGUGUGGCAUCUCUGCUUCAUGGUGGCAAUGCUGGCAGGGAGCUGCUGCUGUCAACCUCUCAAGCCAACGAUAUACCCAAUCUUCACCCACAAGCCUUUCCUCCUGGCCUGGAACGCACCCACGCAGAACUGCGAGCCCCAAUACGGGGUGACCCUCAACCUGGCAGUGUUUGAUCUGGUGGCCUCCCCCAAUGAAGGCCUGGUGGGGCAGAAGCUCACCAUCUUCUACAAAACCCGUUUAGGACUUUACCCCUAUUACACCGACAAGGGGGUUGCUGUCAACGGGGGGCUGCCCCAGCUCGCCAUCCUCAGGGAUCACCUGGCUAAGAUGCCAGAAGGGAUGGACAGAUACAUCCCAGAGCACAGAUCAGAGGGCCUGGCUGUGAUCGACUGGGAGGAGUGGAGGCCCCAGUGGGCCCGCAACUGGGACGCCAAGGACAUUUACCGCAACGUCUCGCGCUCCAUGAUCGCCCAGAAGAACGUGCACUGGACUGCAGAACAGGUGGAGGGUGUCGCCCAGGAGGAGUUUGAAGCCUCUGCCAAGCAGUUCAUGCUGCAGACUCUGAGGACGGCCAGGAGCCUGAGGCCCAACCGGCUCUGGGGCUACUACCUCUUCCCGGACUGCUACAACUACUACAAGAACAGCCUGAAGGACUACACUGGCCGCUGCCCCGACGUGGAGAUCAGCCGGAACGACCAGCUGGACUGGCUGUGGGAGGAGAGCACAGCCCUCUACCCCUCCAUCUACCUGGACCCCAUGCUGCGCUCCUCUGAGCUGGCACGCCGGUUUGUACGCAACCGGAUAGUGGAGGGGAUGAGGCUGGCAUCGGUGGGGCAGGGGCUGGCACGAGCGGUCUUCGUCUAUGCACAGCCCUUCUACCGCGGUGGGAUGCAGAUGAUGAGCAAGAUGGACCUGGUCUAUACCAUAGGAGAAUGUGCAGCUCUGGGUGCCGCUGGCGUUGUCCUCUGGGGUGAUUUAUCGUACGCCAACAGCACUGCUAGCUGCGGGGUGGUGCGGGACACCUUGCAGGGGACGCUGGGGAGCUACCUGCUCAACGUGUCGAUGGCGGCGCAGCUCUGCAGCGGCUCACGGUGCAGCCUGAAGGGCCGCUGCGUGCGGCUCAACCCCAACACCAACACCUACCUGCACCUGAACGCCCGCAGCUUCCAGAUCACACAGGAGGAGGGCAGCCUGAAGGUGAAGGGGGAGCUGAGCUCCGCUGACAGGGACGACUUCCGGAGGGACUUCAUCUGCCAGUGCUACAGCGGCUACAGCGGGGACUCCUGCGCGGUUCCUAACGCUGCCUGCAGUUUGAGAUCCGCUGUCAGCGACCUGCUGGCUGUGACGUUCCUGCUGGUUAUCCUCCAGAGGCACCAGGCUGUUUAACUGCGUUAAGAUCCUCACCAGGGGAAAGCUUGGAAGAAAAGCUCCCUCUUUCCUCUCCAAAGCUCAGCAUAUGAAGGAGGGCUGCUCUUCAAUUCCAGACAAAGCCAUACACUUGUACAAAUAAGCAUUCUGAGCCUCUUAGGACCCAAUGGCAAACGCACCCUGGAACCUGCUGUUGGGAUUUCUUGACUGCUGUACAGUGCUGUUGCUUUAGAGGUCUUUUGGGGGCGAUGCAGGGGCUUUAAUCAAAUGCUGUAAGACUCUACCUUCAGUAAUGUCAACUCUAAAACUGUUUUCAAUGAAACCUGACAAUUUCUGAUGAGAAGUCUUUUAUAAAGUGAGUAAUGUAUAAAAGGGCAGUGUUUUGGAUACAUAUUUAUUAUUAAAGUAUAAUUGAUGUAUAA